AUGGCCCAAGGGCUUGAAAAAGCCCUUCUUGGGUUGUGGAACACGUCGACAGAUUUUUUUGCAGACUCCAGCGAAUUGUCUUGGAGUUCUUUUCACUCUCUUCGCGGCUUUCUACCUGGGUACGCUGUAAAUCUGGACGAUGACAAGAAGAUGCGCUCGAUGAAACAUUUUUUAGCGGAGCCUGGUUCUUUCUCGUUCUAUUGCACUCAAUACCCAGCUUCAUUUCUUGCAUGCUCUGGAGAUGACUUAAGUUUGAUGAGUGAUCGCCCUGCAAUCUCGACGUGGAUACUAUACAAUUACUUUCUACAGCGGAACUUUGUGAGGAACAAGUUCCCGGGUUUGGCCGAUUACGUACGCAACAAGACGAGGGAGAUGAUUUGUAAGGCAGCUGCAUAUGCGCAGUCGUCUCUUUCAUGGUCUGCAGCAGAGCAGGAUCUUGCACCUACGGCUCUGACGCUCGCUUAUUAUUCUCGCGAUGCUGAACCAAUUCAAGCCUUUGAUGAUAGCUAUAAAGGAUCAACUUUGGCUGCUGCCACUCUGCUCAACAUUUUGCUACCAGAAGCGAUCCCACCACCUAGUCCAGACACGCCACCCAUUGAUCAUCGUAACCUCUCUAUCAUUAUGUGCGUCGAGUUAGUGGUCGCGUUCGGAGUCGCUAUGAGCUGUUUUCUGUUUUCGGUAUAUUUUGUGGCCAAUCGACCACCUGACAAUAAAUUAUCUCCUGCUUCAACGACGCGACGAAGAGUAUUUGAAGCUCGUGACAAAACAGAUUGCUUCCGGGAAAAGUUGAUAGAACACGGACGGAUAAGCACUAGUGAUCCAUUGACUGGCCAAUUUUGCGUGCCGUCAUCAAUGAACUUUUCUCCGCGAUUGGGACACACGUCAGACGAGCUGGAGGAAUCGUUGAUUCUGGAAGAGGACACGCAUUAUGGGUCCUUUGAUGGAGCUGGACAGCGACCAAAGCCCCCAAAUGCAGCAUGGAAAACUGCGAAGAAAAUGCUAGCAGACAUUAGCCCCUGGUAA